CGUACCAUCACCACAGCCGUCGUCUAGUGCACGGGCGGACCAGUCGCCGGUGCAAAGUGUGCUCGCUGGUGCAGAAGAGAUCGGUAACUCGUGGCCAAUCUCGAGCACCAGUGCGACAACAGCCUCGAGCGAACAGCAGCAUCAGCAGCAGCCCUCGCAGCACCCGUCGUCGUCCAUCACAGGGCGUCUGCCAGGCCGGGCCUCGUCUCUGUUCGCCCCUGCCACUUCCUCAUCACCCAACAACCUCGAAUCACUACCCAUUCUAUCUCCAAUAUCGCCCCUCUCCGCAUCGUCGCUCGGAAACUUUGCAUACACAUUAAACGACGCGUCGCCGCCGACAGUCGACGACGACAAGCCCACCACCGACCCGAGCGGCGACAGCCAGAAGACUACAAGCCGCGCCCCGCCGCCUGCACCCCUGGCACCGUUCGCAUCGGCCGCUUCUCGAGCAGGAUCAGGAGACCGGCCUGCUAGCAUUGUACGCGGUGCAAUCUCGUCCUUGUCGGUCCACAGCGCGUCACCCUUGACCCCCACCGACAAGAUCAGCUUUGGUGAACUCGGUUCUCCAAGACUGCGCGAGUCCCCCAGCGUUCCCCGUCGCAGGACGAUCAUCGAGGCCCACCCAGUGUCACUCCAGGCGUCACCUGUGCGCGCAGCAGCAGAGGUUUCCAUUUCACCACAGGUCGAAGACGGGGCCCUCUCUGCAAACCACGCUUCGUCCCCAGUCUCACCGUCGCCAGUCAAGAAGGCUCUUGCCCCGCAGGAGUUGAUCUCGCCGACCAAAGAGCGAUCGCAGACACCAGACGUCGCCGUUGCCGCCGCCGCCGCGACCACCUCUGGCGCCAGGUCACCUUCGCCCCUCGUACCCCUUGCGUUCCCACAAGCCAGAGUCGCCUCGGACUGCACGUCGGCAAGCGAAACGCGCAAGGUUGUCAGUCCAACCGGCGAAUCACCGCAAAAGAAACGCUCCUUACCUCGCCCCCCUCCCUCUCAGCAAGAAUCGCAACGCAUGUCGACUGCAGAGCCCAUCCCAAUGGCCAUCGCCAUGCCUAUACCCACAGUCGCGCGCUCUCCACCGAUUCAACAUCAAUCUUUGACCUCUGCACAGCCUCCAAGGUCACCACCACAACAAGCCCCCAUGCUCGGACUAGGGCUCACCGCCGAGCCUAGGGGUAUCCCUGUCGCGCGCUCACCACAACAUCAGCACCAGCAGCAGCAGCAGUCGCAGCAGCUCUCCCCCACGAUUCAGCGCUUGCCGUUAGAAAAGUCGCAGUCGUAUGGAUCCCCGCCCACAGUGACCGUCAACAACAUUACGACCCUCAAGUCGCAGUCGAUGCCAACGCCCGUCUUCAACCCAGGCCACCAGCCAACAAACUCGGCGUCGAACUUGCCAGCUAUUGCAGGCCUUGCUGACGCUGGACCGUAUCCGACGGCUCCCAAGGCUGCUACCCGGACCUCGGGCGGUCUUGCACUCCCUGGCGACGGCGUGGGCAUGGGCCGACCGGCCACCAACCGACCGGCUCAGGGCCUCAAGCCACCAGAAGAGGUCUGUCUCGAGUGCAUGAUGCGCGACAGAGACCUUGCCGACGUGGACGUCACGGGCGAGGGCGUCUGGGACCGCGCCAGUAACGUUGCCUGGGACGAACUCAAGCAGCGCGAGGCCGACCUCCUCGGCGCCAUGUCUCUCGACCACUCCGUCUCUGGCCUAUCCCUCGAGGACUCUUCCAGCGACGAUGCUUCGGAGCCCUCCAUCUCCAGUCCGCGGUCGCAAGGCAGCGGGCUGUCGUCUGAAGAAGCACGCCGUCGCGCAGUCCAAAAGAAGCAGAUGCGUGAGGCACGUCGGGCCAAGCGAGAUGAGCGCGACGCACAGAUUGCUCGCCUCGGCUGGCGUGGAUUCAAAUGGGAGGAAGGCCAGGCGGGCGAAGGAUUCCCUCGCGGCUUCCGCGGAACCCGUCCUGGUGCGCUCACCGAGAAGGGUAUCAAGAAUGUCAUGACAAUGUACCCCUCGUCAUCCACCCUCAGGUACCAGAUCCUUCAAGGCUACCUUCGUGGGCAGUACCGUCUGAUUCUGGAAAUUCGGUCCGAGGCACAGCGUCAAGGACGCUACCCAGAGCCCGAGGAGCCAUACUUCCCAACAUCGCCCACGCAGUCGAGCCAUGAGAGCCUGACGCUCAACUCGGUGUCAAGAAGAGCCAAGGCUAGAAUGAGCGUUGAUCAUGUCGGCGGUGCCCUCAACGCCCCUCGCUCCUUGCCCAGCGCAGGCUUGCACCCCGCGACGCUUAGACAGAGCCCUUCGACACCUGCCGCCCUUGGACAGCAGCCAGUGCCUCAGCUCACUAGACCCAAGUCGCAAUACUUCCCCGAUCGCGAGCCAUCACCAUACCAGCAGGGUCGUCCUUCGCUCAACGUCAACACUGCCCCUCAGCUGCGCCCUUCGCACCUCAAGGGUCCUAGCAGUUCGAGCGUCCCCAAGCAGCAGCGUGACUCUCGCUUCGAGGACUGGUCGGACACUGAGGACCUCUGGCCCCCGGCCUCGCCGUCGUCUGGCCAGAACCUGCGCCCAUUCUCGUUUGCAGUGCGCGCUGGUGCGGCUGGUCGCGAGGGCAGCGAUGGCGGCCACAGCAGAAGGAGCUUCCUCGGCAAGUGGGGCGGCAGCGUCACGAGCUUGUUCACCGGCGGCACUCACGGCGGCAGCGGAAGCAUGAUGGACAUGCACCUCGGCUUAGAGAUGGACCGUCGCAACAGGACGUCGUCUGUCCAAGACUUCCAGACCCGUGCCGUCUCCGUCCACCAGAUGGCAUCACCCAACAGCCGACCGCCCACAUACAUGAGCAGGCAGUCGGUCAGUUCGUCGGUGUACCUGACGGGAGGAGCGCCUGAGAAGCACCUGUCGCCUUCGGUGCACUCGGUCCAGCCUGAACACCGUCUGAGGGAGCCACCUCUUCCCCGACCUCGGUCUGCUAGCGCUACUCGCCUCACCCAGAUCUCACUCAACGACUCGGAGCUGAGCCACACGAAGAAGAAGGGCUUCAAAGGCCUUUUGUCAAAGAUGAAGCCCAAGGGCAAGAAGGAGCGCCGUAUGUCGCAGCACUCGCCCUCGCCCAGGCUGGAUGAGGAUGCCGGCUCGUCGGACCUCGCCCCGCCGCCGCCCAUGCCUUUCCUCGUCAAGAGCAGGGAGACCAACCGCAGACGUUCGACAUCGUCAUUGUCGCAGCAGUUCAUGGACAGCCAAGCGUCAUUGAGUCCUCCCGGCCCUCCUCCUGGCGCCAUUCCCGUCCAGGGUACCCGCUCCGUCUCGGCUCCCCUCGCCGCGUCGUCUGGCAGUGGCAGCAUCAGCCCCACGAGCUCGCGCUUUGAGCGUGGACCCCCGAAUGACCUUAUGGCGAACCGCCGGCGUACGGACCCGCCUCCCGAGUUACCUCCGGGAGCCGAGCUGUUCGAUCCUCGUCGCGGUUCGGAAGGCUACGACCCCCGCAAUGACCCUCGCCGAGGCUCGACGAUGGAGAUGCUCACUGCGAGCAGCAAUGGCAGCGCGCCAAGGCCGAUCAUUUCAGCUGAAGCGCCGGUGUAUGACGAGCCGUUACCGUUAAACCGCGACAGCGUCAUUCCCAAUGGCGCGGCAGCCCCGGCGGCCCAGCUCACCGGAUUCGUCCCAGCCUCUGCCCAGUUCCGCAGAAGCAAGCAGCCGUCACUGUCGUCCCGGUACUCGACGUCAUCCGCCACUGUCCCGAACAUUGAGACCCCCGACCCGGCCUCUAGCCCUUCGUACCUCACGUCCAACGGACUCCCUCCUCACCUCGCUGGCGUUCAAACGCCAAUGGCGUCUCCUGGUAUCACCCCGACUGCUGGCUCAGCGCCGGGCCAAGUCGUCAACAUGCCAGCACAGGGCUCGCCGCCGGGUAGCCUGUCGCCGAACCGGUACAAGAACCUCCCUCCUCUGCCUCCAGGAAUGGCCAUUUCCCCUGGUGCAGAUGUGUACCCGGACCUCGACCAGCAGUCCAUCUCGACGCGUGCAAGCUUCCCGGACGCCAAGCGGCUUUCGACCUACAGCGCCAACCCCAGAUCGUCUGUCAUCUCCGAGGCGCCUACGAUGCACAGGGCCGCACUCCCGCCGUCGGCAGAGUACUUCCCGACUGCUUCGCCCAGAUACCACCAGCAGGCUGGCCAACUCGCUCCCGGGCCUGGGAUGAUGUACAUGCCCAACCCCAUGACGGACAGCCCUAGCAGUGGUGGCCACAAUGGCGUCCUCCCCAACCAGCUUGGACACCCCAAUGGCCCGCCCAACCCUCCUUGGCAGCGGCAAAUCCAGCCCCGCCCGAGCUUUGACAGCGCUCACACGCGGUACUCGGCCGUCAACCCCGGCAUGCCCUUCCCCAUGGACCCAUCGGCUAUGCCUGGUGGCCGUCCCACUCACAGCAUGUACAUCAACAACCAGGCUUCUGCGUCGACCGGAAGCUUUGGCCGCUUCCUCUCUCGCGAGCGCCACAUUGUCGCCAACAGUGCCCCGCAGACCGAGGACAAGAAGGAGCGCCGACGUGGGAUCAAGUCCAUCUUCUCAAAGGCUCGAUGA